AUGGCGUUCAGUGCUACUCGGAAGCUCAGCGCUGCUGUGCGGGAUGAUAAUCCCUACAGCCGCCUCAUGGCUCUUCAACGCAUGGGGGUUGUCGAGGAUUACGAAGCGAUUCGAUCGAAGGCCGUUGCGGUGAUCGGCGCCGGUGGGGUAGGCUCCGUUGUUGCAGAAAUGUUAACCCGCUGUGGGAUUGGCAAGAUCCUCCUUUUUGAUUACGAUAGCGUGGAGUUGGCGAAUAUGAAUCGACUCUUCUACCGCCCUGAACAACAAGGGUUGAAGAAAGUAGACGCGGCGAAGAUGACGCUGGAAGGGAUCAAUCCCGAUACCUGCGUCGUGCCUUAUGCCUUCAACAUCACCCACGCCGAUCAUUGGGAGGAUUUUUCCAACGCCUUAACGAAAGGCGGGAUGCAGCCAGGCGGGGCCGUGGAUUUGCUGCUCUGCUGCGUGGAUAACUUUCAGGCGCGGCUGACGGUGAAUAUGGCGUGCUUAACGCAUCGGAUUCCUUGGAUGGAAAGCGGGGUGGCGGAAAACGCGGUGAGCGGGCAUAUCCAACUCCUCCUUCCGGGCGUCUUGCCCUGUUAUGAGUGUUGCCCCCCGCUCGUGGUCGCGACGGGGCUUCCCGAAGCGAAACGCGAGGGCGUCUGUGCGGCCUCGUUGCCCACCACAAUGGGCAUCAUCGCGGGGUUUCUUGCGCAAAACACCCUGAAAUUCCUCCUCAACUUCGGCACCGUGAGUGAGUACAUCGGCUACGACGCGAUGCAGGAUGUUUUUCCGCGAAUUACGAUCAAAGCGAACCCGGAAUGCCGCAAUCACCUCUGCGUCGUGCGGCAACAGGAAUAUGCGAAGAAGGUGGCGGCGAUGGGGGAGGCCGCGCAUCCAUUAUACGCGGCACGCCAAGCUCGGGAUGAGCGCGCGGCGAAACAAGAAGUGCUCGCUAAGGAACGUGCGAAGGCGUGCGCGGCGGAAUGGGGGAUUACCGUGGAAGAUCAAGGAAAGGCAAGCCUCGCGCCCUCCCAUGCCGUGCUGGGGGGGAUCGAAACAGGUGCGGAGAACCCACACGCCAUGCGAUCCACCGAUGGGGGGAGCCCGAAGCCUGCGGUGGAGUACGCCUAUGCUGGAGGCGAAGCAGAGGUCGAUGAAACCCUUCUUGGAGAAGGGGGGGUCGUGUCCUCCGCGGGGGAGCGCGUAGAAACCGUCAGUGAAUCGAUCGAGGAGCUCAUGGCGCGCAUGAAGGCACUCCAUUAA